UCACUUAUAGAAACCGUCCCUCCUGAAACCACUCCUCCUCUUCCUCCUGCUCCUCCUCCUCUCUGAAGGAGUAGCCUCUUCAUCGGGCUGGCAUGAGCUGAUGUCCAGAGAUGCUUUCAUCCCUCCUCCUCCUCCUCCCCCCCGACCUCUGACCACAGUAAAGAGGAAGCUGUGGUGAGUCUUCCUCGGUGGUUGUGUGCAGUCGCAGUGUGUCAGUGCUGAGUGUCGAGACGUUCAGAGCUGAGGAGAAUCAACCUCCGUCUUCAUCAUCUCUCAUCGCUCCGUCGCCAUGGCUCCAUCAGUCCUCCUCCUCCUCCUCCUCCUCGGCCUGCUGAGCUCCACCGGCUCACUGCCUCCUCCACGAACCUCCUUCCUCCUCGACUCUGCGGACGGACAGGACAGACCUCUGGUCCUCUUCAGCCCCCCUAAUGUCCACAACACGACCACGCUGUUGCUCAGCGAAGAUGGAUCCACCCUGUAUGUGGGGGCACGGGAUGCCCUCCUCUCAUUGGACGUCAGUCAGAGUGAUGUCAUCACCCUGAAGAAGAAGGUGGAGUGGAGUCCAUCUGAGACUGAAAUAGAGGACUGUCAGGCGAAAGGGAAGAACCCGACGGUUGACUGUCCAAACUUCGUGCGUGUCUUUCGGCCAAUAAACGCGACUCAUCUCUACGCCUGCGGCAGCUACGCCUUCAGCCCCCAUGAUGCCUACAUCGACACAGAAACCUUCACCAUGGUCCAGCAGGGGGGAGCUAAAGGUCGCUGUCCGUUCAGCCCCUUCCAGAGGAACGCCGCCAUCACCGUCGACGGCGAGCUGUUUGCUGCCACGACGACCGACUUCAGAGGAGUCAAACCACAGAUUUCUCGACACUUCAGCAAAGAUGGCCGCCCCGACGUCAGCCAGGACGUGUCUGUCAGCUUACUGGACGAGCCAGUGUUUGUCAGUUCAUUGUUGGACCCAUCAGACAGGAAAGUCUACUUCUUCUUUAGUGAAGUUGGGAAAGAGUUCAGCUUCACAGACGAGCUGAAAAUCACCCGGGUGGCCCAAGUCUGCAAGGACGACGUUGGCGGACAGAGAACUCUGCAAAGGAAGUGGACGUCCUUUGCCAAAGCCCCCCUGCUCUGUCAGUCUCCCAAACAGCUUCCCUUCAAUGUUCUCCAGGACGUGUUCACUCUGCAGCCACCAGAGGGCGGCGACGCUGCAGACACUCUGUUCUACGGCGUCUUCACCUCUCAGUGGUCUUCGGGUCCAGAAUCUGCCGUGUGCGUCUUUAAGCUGCGGGACGUGAGGACGGUGUUCACUGAGAGCUACAGGACCUUCAACAUGAGGACCCACCAGUGGAGUCCAAUGCUGGAAAAACACUCGUACCUGGGAAAGUGUGGACUGGACAGCGCCUCAGAUUCUGAAUUAGCAGAGGUGAAGAGGAGCUUCCUGACCAGCAGCAGUGUCAAACCAGACGGAGUCGGUCCGAUUGUGGUUUCUUCAGAGCAGCGAUACAGUCGCGUGGCUGCCAUGAGGACCCAGGCCGCCAGCGGAAAACAAUAUACUGUCCUUUUCCUUCUUACAGAGUCUGGAUUCCUCCACAAAGUGGUUUUGCUUGAUCAGGGUGUGCAUGUGAUUGAGGAAAUUCAGGUCUUCACACAACCUCAGCUGGUCAAAAGCAUCAUCAUCUCCUCCUCCAAGGGAGUUCUUUAUGUGGGGACAUCAGAAGGCGUCACUGCUGUACCUGUGGCCAAGUGCUCCAUCUACAGAACCUGCAGCCAGUGUGUUUUGGCCAGAGAUCCUCUGUGUGGAUGGAGCCGGACCACUGGGGUUUGCACCAGUCUUGAUGGCAGUCAUGACAACAUAGCUCAAGACCUGGAAGAUGGAAAUGUGGAAGAGGAAUGUCAGGGACAAACCAAGGCCAGUUUGGACAAAGAAGUCAACGUUCAUUUGAAUGAAGCAGUGAGGCUUCAGUGUCUGAAACCUUCCAACCUGGCCACUCUGACCUGGACCUCCUCUCCGUUCAAAAACCUGCCAGAGAAGCUCUUCAUCCAGGCAGCCGAUGGCAGUUUGAGCUUCCUCGCCACCGCCGACACCUUUGGGAUCUACCGCUGUGUAGCAGAGGAAGGCAAGUACAAGGAAGUAAUCGCAAGCUACAACGUCAGACAGAUUGCUCCUCCACGCUCCAUGAGCCCCAUUCCGAAAAGCGACAAAUACCACGUACCCCACAACAAAGACGAGUCCUACCAGGAAAUCCAAACUGAGAAACCAGUGACUCCACCUGCAGGAGACCCAGAGGACUACAUGAUAACGGCCGAAGGUGAUACAUUUACAACCUACUUAGAAGAUGAGACAGACUCCAACGAAGAAGAUUCUGGAUCGCAAAACAACCUUCAGGACAGUGGUUUGGACUUCACCCCAACAUCCAGUCAAGACAUCCAGUCCAGGAAGGAGCUGCUUGAUGGCACUCAGAAGAAGCCAGAAGAGAAGAGUUAUUACAGCGAGAUGGUUGUUGUUUCGCUCCUGCUGGCAGCCUGCAUCUGCGUCCUCAUCCUCGGAGGGCUCCACGUGUGGCGCCAAAGGGAAACCAGCUUCAAAAUGAAUUCUCUGGUCAGUCCAGACGAUGGCAGCAAAACAAAUCAAUCUAUGGAGAGUGUUCCCUCUCUGAGCAGCCCAGAAGAUCCUGAGGUGAAGGUGGUGGAGUAACAGCGGUUUAAUGAAAGCAGCUCUUUGUGGUCGUUUUGUGUUUCUUUGUGGUCGUUUUGUGCCUCUUUUUUGUCGUUUUGUGUCUCUUUGUGGUCGUUUUGUGUCUCUUUGUGGUCGUUUUGUGUCUCUUUGGGGUCGUUUCAUGUCUCUUUGUGGUGUUUUAUGAAGUCGGACUCAUUCUGCACAGACUUUGUCACAAACGCCUUCUGUCUCAGCCAAAAUGAUGAUGAAAUCAAUUUUUCAGUGAAGCUUUGAUUUAAUGUGACGAAAACUGGUCCAUCUGAUACUGAUCAGGGAUUGGUUUAAACUGGGUGAGAUGGAGAGACAAUGGAAAUACUUGUUUUAUUGUUUCAUGUUUUAUAAUCUAGGAAUGUGUAACAGUGAUAUUUAGAUGCAGGUUGAAUAUCAGGGAUUACGCUGCGCUGUAUGAAUAUGAAGUCCAGCCUUUUGUUGAUAUAUUUGUAUGUUAUGAACAGUUAUUGAUCACUUUGUGUGAAUGAAUGUAUGUAAACAGGAUGAGAUGUGAAACCUGCUGUGAAUGUAAUGAGGGCUGGGACCCACAUAUUCAAAAAUCUGUAUUUAUCUGUCACACGUGAAAUUAGUUUACGGUCAGUAAGAAGUCAGACGCAGUUUGACAUGUUUGGAUUUUAUAAUAAUGAAAUAAACAUGGAGUUUUUUCUGUCACUUCCACCCUCUAUGUCUCAAAUUAAAACAUGUUGAAUAUUAAUUGUUUUUAAUAUUUAGGAUCAUAAUUACUGGCAGAGCUUGUAUACUGGUUUAUCAUCAGUUGUGAGUGUCCCGGCUCUCUAAAUGUCAUUUGAAUUCUGUUUCGAGUGUGAUGCUUUAUUGAUGAUUGAUGAUCAGAGAAAUGAUCAGAUCAGUGUACUGAACUUUAUUGUUAACGUUUUAUUGGUUUUUUUUUAAAUAACUGCAGGGAUUAAAACUUUGAAGACGUUGUUCUGCUCUUAUUAAAUACGAGGUGACGCUGCCGUCCGCUGAGGAAAUAAAUGUGAUAAAAAACAAGAAAGCCGA